AUGUCGCCGUCGACGAUAGCUCCGGUGGUGGAAGAAGAGAACAAGAAAUACCAAAAAGAUCUCGCUGAGCUCCUUGGACCUAACCGGCCUCACGUUCUACAAACCAUAGCUGAGGCCUGCGAAACCUACGGCUUCUUCCAGGUGGUGAAUCAUGGGAUGGAGGGAGAUGUGAGCAGGAACAUGAUAGAAGUGUGUAAGAUAUUCUUUGAACUUCCCUACGAGGAGAGAUCAAAACACAUGUCGGCAGACAUGUCGGCUCCAGUACGGUACGGCACGAGUUUCAACCAGAUCAAAGACAAUGUCUUUUGUUGGAGAGACUUCUUGAAACUCUACGCACAUCCUCUCCCUGACUAUCUUCCUUAUUGGCCUUCUUCUCCCUCCGACUUCAGGGGAUGGACAUACAACAUAUAA